GAUCCAGGUGCUAUAAAUUAGAAGAUUAUUGACGAAAGUGAUAAACGGCAUUAGUGAUCUCGUUACUUUAAAUUUUCUGGAAUUGGCUGGGAUCAAGAACGAUCGGCAGGCACAAAGUGCCAUUCGGUGCCAUUUUGUAACUUGAAAACGGGGACUUGCACGACUCACGAGUCGCCGCUGUCGCGCCGUCGCGCGGUCCCGGCCAGUUUCGUGCAUCCAACAUGGCUGGACGAGGUGGUUAUGAGGACUCGAGAGAUUAUUCAGGAGGUGGACAUCGUAUCAGCAGAAAACCAUUACCUACUGAGCCACCGUAUACUGCAUAUGUCGGAAAUCUACCAAAUGGAGUAGUCCAAGGAGAUGUUGACAAAAUCUUUCAGAACCAGAAUGUCAAGUUAAUUCGAUUAGUGAAAGAUCGGGACACAGAUAGGUUUAAGGGUUUCUGCUAUGUUGAGUUUGAUAAUAUUUCUGACCUCGAAUCGGCAUUGAAGUUGAAUGGGCUGGUAGAAGUAGAAGGUAACAUAAUCAAAAUUGAUGUGGCUGAGGACAAACGAAGCGAUCGAGGUGGUGGAUUCGACAGAAGAGGACGUGGUGGUGGUGCAGGAGGAGGCGGUAGUGGUAGCAGUGGCUUCAGAGGCAGAUUUAGCGGCGAUGAUUUUGGUUACAAUAAUAGGGCUCACGGCGGUGGUAGUGGCGGUGGUGGCGGCAGACAAGGCAGCGGGUUUGGCGAUGUCAGAGGAAACCGUGGAAAUUAUGGUAACUUUAACGAAGAGGCCGGUGGUACCAGCCGAGAAUGGCCGCGCGGCGGUGCUGCAAGAUCGUACAGUGGUCGACCUCCUGCACGAGGUCCCGCUCCGGAUCGUAAGCAAUUCCAGGACGAACCGUUCCUCAAGGAACCACCACCAGACACCACUGGAAGGAAAAGGUUGGUGCUGGCACCGAGAACAGUUCCGGAUCCUGUAAACGCAAUAGCUGAAUCGAGCAAAUCCAGCUCAAUCUACGGGGGUGCAAAGCCACGAGAAGAAAAGCUGAAUACCGACGAGGAGAAGUAAAACCCGUAACGUCACCAUUAUAGCUUCUAUUAUCCCUAUGAAUUAGGGGGAGAGUCUCCUCCGAAGUGAAUCAUCAUCCAGAAAACCAAUGUAAGAUCACCCAAUUCCCCAUCUCCCAAUUCCUGAUAAUCCUGCCCCAGAAACAUCGUAGAUCAUGGGGAGAGUCUCCCCAGAAAGAAAUUUCCAAACAGCUCGAAAAAAAUCCGAAGAAUUAACGUUUACCCCCUAUCGGGUGCCUUCCGAGACUUCUUCGACGAAUUGACGAACGAGCUUUCGAUAAGCUGCAGUCCCACGAGAUUUCCCAAAAAACCUCAAAUUUUUAUUGAACGCUCGCUAAUGUAAAGGAUACCAAAUUUUCUAUUCCAAUGUAACCUUCUCCUUUAUCGUUCGAUGCAGCAUUUACAUAGACCUCCAUCUGAUGAGAAUCCCAUAGGAAAUUAGACACUGUAACUAAAAUAUACGAGAUAUGUGUGUACAAUGCAUGUUUGAAUAUGGAAUAAUAUUUAUGUGAAUCAUGACUAUAUUGAGGUAAAUGCAAUGUGCGUAUGCUUUUACUAUUUGUGUCGAGUUUUCAUGUUUUGUUCUGAUACCGAAUCUUGUACAAAUUGUUCAAUGGAACAGUGGGAUUGCACGGUGCAUCAUUAGCAGCACACAGUCCGUUACACUCUUAAUCUGUUAAGAAGGAAGAAGGAGAUGAGUGUACUCGAGGCCUGAAGAUUCUUCAAAAGAGUACAAAACUGGAAUUACUAAGCCCUGCUCUGUAUAUCGCCUUUUGAGAUACUCAUGAAGGAUCAAUUCCGUUUUACCCUAAUGACCUUUUAUCGACCUUCUGAGCUAUGAUCUCUCCCACACCCACACGUACCAUCUACCACCUACGCCCCGUUCACACUAACUAUUUUUAUGUUUCUUUCAUAACGCUAUCCUAUUAUACACGAUUGUGUCUAUUAAAAAAAAUCGGAGGAAAUUACACAACAGACAUCCAAUUAAGCAAUUGUUUUUCGCUAAUUAUGGUAAACAAUUGCUUAAGGAUAUAAUUGUACGAUUGUUUAUUAAAAAUGAAAACUAAUGUUGAUAAAUUACCAUAGAAGGAGAAGUGUGAAAGUUUGAAGAAUUUUUACAUCAAUGAAACGGUUCGAAGGGUUCGUACUGAUAAUACACUAAUUAAUAUUUGAGUAACGAAUUAAUUAACUAUGCUAACGAUGAGUGUCGAUCUAAUGACAUUGGCGACGAUUGCGACAACUACCACUAUUACGACAAAGACGAUGACUGCGAUGACUACGACGACGACAAGGAAGUGAUAGUGAAUAAAUGAAACCCGUGAAAUAAUGAUUAUUAUGUAAAACUAUGCUUGUAUAUGAUAAUAUUUCAUGAAUAAAGUAGUUGUUUGCCUCGUA